AACAAAAAUCGCUAGAGUGGUGAGACUCCAAAUUCUGCGUUAGCCUUUUCCCGAGCUUUCCUUUAAUAUUUGCCCGCCCCAAACGAAACACCCUCCUCCUGGCUUCUCCCCAACUCCGCAACCUCUUCUUUUACACUCCCAACACACAUUACCCCCGAUACUGCAAAUUGAUCCCUCCAUCGAUAUCAGAUCAACUUCCAUCGAUCACGACCCCUAAACACCCUCAUUCGAUUCCGUCAAUUUGACUCGCUUUCUACCAUCCGUCGGAAGCUCCACGACGCCCUGGACUUGUCCAAGACGCCCAAAUCUCGGUUUUCGCGUCGUCGUGCCAUUUUUGAAGCUAUUCACGAGUCGGCGUGAGCGACUCCGUUUGCCGUCACGUUUCGGCCCAGCUCCAGCCCCAAAUCAGGCCUGCAUCACCUGCGCAAUUCGAAAACAGCUUCCAGAUCUCCACAUGACCUUCCACGCAACUGCUCCUUAAGCCUGUUUACUCAUGAUCAGGCGCAAUAUGUCGACGGAGCGGGUUCGACAGCUGGAGGACGCGGGUGUGGGCGCUCGAGGAGUUUCACCUGGGCAAUUCAGUUCGGCCAGUGGUCUCUCAUCGCCGCCACGGUCGAGUCCGGAGCCAGCAUCGCCGUCCGCCCAAUUUGCCAACGAGAGUAAUUCCAACCAAAUUUCAAGUAUCACGGUCAAUCCUCCUGGCGUUGUUGUCGAAAAUUCGGCAGAGAAGCCGGCACGGCGUAAGCCCGGCAGAAAACCCGGAUCCGUCAACAAGCCGAAGAAUAACGCAGACAGCUCAGCGACCAAUACUGACGCUCCCAAAGUCAGAAAACCUCGCAAGCCGCGAGAUCCAAAUGCCCCUCCUAUUCAACGCCGAAAGAGAAAUGCAGGCUCAGAUGCUAAUUCGGUUGUUGAAAUCAAGACCGCUGCGGGUGUUCCGAGGCCGCCACAAGCUGUUGCUGAGGCAUUGCCGGAUUUUCAUGUUCCCGCUUCUGUCCCCACCCAACAGGCCCAAAAAGGCAAAAAUGAGGAUAUUCAACGACCCAUUCAGUCUUUCUUCUCCAACGCUCCCCCACCCCCACCCCCGCAACAAGCUCAACCACAGCAGGCUCAACCACAGCAACCAGCUCGCACCAGCGGUCAGAAUUACGAUCCUAUUCGGUCUAAUUUCGAUCCCGUCAGAGAAACCGUGGUUACUCAUAAUUCGUACAACAACUCUCAAGGCUCGCCGAGUCAUCCUCACUCCAUGAAUCGCGCCAGCGCGUCACCGUCAAUCUCAAGCUUGGUUGAUCCCCCGAAUCAAGCCUUAACGUCACCCUCUAUCGCUGCACAAUCCUUCUUUAAUCAACAGCAGCAGCAGCAGCAGCAGCAAGCGAGGUUCCACAACGAAGGUCACACUUCAGUGCCUCCAUCUCCAACAGCCAAUAGGUUAGCGCCUUCCGCAAUUGUUGAACCUUGCACUCAAAAGCCACCUACUCCAGUCGCAAUGGCCGUAAAGAAACAGGACAUCGCACCCGCCCCUGGCCCAACAACUAUCUCAAAGAAAGGCAACGGUCCUGGAAGCACCGCAACUUCUUCAGCUGCCGCAUCACCGAAGCCCCAUAAGCUCAAAGAGCCAAAGGAAUUAUAUCCCACGCCGCCCCCUCUUCCAGGAUCCGGCCUCAUGCAGCUCGGAGGCGCUGGAGCAGCCGAUGGCGCAGAGUUUCGAGCCCCUACUGUCAUCCUGCAAAUUCCUCUUAAUGGCGAGGUGAAUAAGUACGUCAACUUCACUCGUCUGGCGGAGGAACGUUACGGUUGGGAUGCACUCCACCCCCGACUGGCUGCUCAGAGAGACCGCCUUGCUCGAGUAGCCGCCGCUGGAGCCGCCUUGGAGCGUAACGGAUCAAACAAGGAUAGCGGUGACGAAAUGUCACUUGACUCGGAAGCCGAAGGAAGCAACAUUGAGAUGGGUGGCAUGAGUGAUGGACGCACUGGCACUGAUGGAGGAGCCAAGAGGGUUCCGAAGAAGAGAAAAAUGAAGGAAGAUGAGUAUGACAAGGAUGAUGGAUUUGUUGAUGAUUCGGAGUUACUUUGGGAGGAGCAAGCUGCUGCUGCCAAUGAUGGCUUCUUCGUGUACUCUGGUCCACUUGUUCCAGAGGGCGAAAAGCCUGCUUUAGAUAUCAGAGCUGAUGGCGCCCCAAAGCGUGGUCGAGGACGUGGCAGCCGUGGAGGAGCUCGUGCUUCAAGCGGUCGUGGAGGUGCUGCUGCUCUGGCUGCAUCCACUGGCUUGCGACCAAACGGCCUUCCACUUUCAGGACCUGGCUCACGAGGCGGAUCUACCACUCGAAAGCCGCGUAUCACCAAGGCGGAUCGUGCUCGCAUGGAGCAAGAAAAACUUGAUAGGGAGAAGAUGGGAAGCAUGACUCAGAUACCCGGCAACUAUGGAGGCGGGAUGGCUCAGUUGGCGAGUGCUCCCAACUUGGGUAACACACCUAUGGUUUUCAAUCAGUGAGCGAGCACAAAAAAGUUUCUCGCCGUUGAUGUGUGAGAGUAGUUCUUCUGAUUAUUGUAAGAUUUGGCGGAGUUCAUUGCGGAAGACACAUGCAUUGGGGCCGAGGUGUUUACAUAUUGUUCUGUUCUGUACAAAAUACUUUGCUUUCACACUGCAUUGCGAGGAGGGACCUGUAGAGGGCAGCACUCGGUAGCACGUUGCUAUUGAACCACGGGAUAAUAAAAGAAGCAUUGUCAUGAGUCUUCUGGCUGAGAAUAAUUGACAAAGGCAGACCAAGACAUGGUUGACUAUGAACCAUGAACCCGUUGUGAAAGGGUUGUUGUAAUAUAUUUUUGGCGAAAGACUUUGUAAUCACAUCAAGUAUUGCCUUUCUCG